AUAAACAUGGAAAUAAGAAGCAUGCUUAUUCAGCUGGUAUUUUGAAUUUACUGGAAAAUAAAUGGCUAUUAAAUUAAGGAUGAGGACUCAAAAUCAAACAUUUAUUGAGCAGAUAGAGGAGGAGUUACCUGAAUCAUCGGUAUACUAUCUAUUAUUAGCUAUGUUGAUAGCUAUGGCUUGGACUAUUUAUCUCACCUACUACCAUUCCAGGGUUAUGGGCAUUAUAAUAGGAGCAGUUCUCAAUAAAUUUCUUAGAUAUCUUGGCCAUAUAAAGUUUGGAUCUUUCUCUUUCUCAGUUUUAUCGGGUAAAGUUAUGUUUAGAGAUUUUCAUAUUAUAACUGAAGAUUAUUCUUUAAGAAUACAAUAUGGCUGGAUUAUAUUUAGAUGGUGGAGACCUUAUGUUUAUAAAGAGAUAAAUGAAGAUAUGUCCCAUUCUGAAACUAGGAUGUCUCUAUUCAUUGAUGGUCUAGAAUUUCAUGUGUAUAACAGAUCUGCAAAUUAUGCUCAGCUAGAAAAAUUCUUUGGUUUGAAACCAACAAUGGUUCCCGAAUGUGAUGUUGAAGAACCAGUUCAAAACCGAAUACAGGUAGCAGAAAAUGGUAUUCAUUGGAGAGAUCUGAUACCCGUUAUUAAAAUAGAUAUAAAUUCUGGUAGAUUUAUUUUUGGAAAUUAUUUGGUACCUUAUACACUAUUGGCAAGUUUUGAAGAAGCCCAUUUAGUUUAUACAACGAAACCAGCAUCCACACCAUUUGAUAUGUUUAUGCAUGUAGUCAAGUGUAAAUCAGAGAAUAUGAAAGUUAUGAUGGUACCUAGUCCUAAUUACAGAGGAACUUUAGUGGAUGAACCACCAAGAAAUAUGGGUGAAGGUUUUGUAGUCAUGCAGUCUAAUGAUGUAGAUAUAUAUUAUUAUAUGGAUGAACCAGGUUUAGUACCACAUGAACCAGAACUAGUAGAGAUGGCAGAUGGAGAAGUAGUUGUCAGGCGAACCUAUCCAUGUCUUGGUAUUGAUAUUAAAUGUGGUAAAAAGACAGAUUUUAAUUAUGGUCCCUGGGUCGAUAGACAAAGGGAACACUUAUGGAAGUUUUUUUUCCCUGUUGAUUAUCAGCCCUUGAUCCCAACCAAAGAACCAGAUGCAGGACAACGCCGUGUUUAUAAAACAUUUGAAACUAAAAUAAAUUGUACAGCAGCUGUUACAUUUGAUAUUCUCUUUACUAAAAAUUCAGUAACACAAGCAAUUCAUAUUAAUGCCCAACAAGGAUCUUAUGUAGAAUCAAUAAUACCGUGGAUGAUCGAUGAAGAUGGCUAUAAAACUAAGAUCAAAGGUCAACUUAUGUUAUUAGAUGCAUCCACUAGUAUGACAUUCCGUAACCUUGCUGAGCUUGAAACAUUAGAGUUCGAUGUAACAAUAGAUUAUCCUAUUACUUGGAAUGAAUAUCAAGAUUGGAAAAUAGACCUUACAGGUUGUAAAGCUACAGUUUCACUCAUAUAUGAACAUAUGAAUUUCUUUAAGGAUUUAGUUGAAGAUUGGUCUAGUAAAGGACGGCCAGAUUUAUAUAGUUUUGUACCAUAUACCUGGAGUUUAAACCUGAUUAUUAAAGAGUUUGAAUUAAUAGCUGCAACUAAUGAAUAUAACUGGAUAGAUACUUCAUCACAGACACCAGAAAAUGCUCAGAUAGCCUUCUGUGGGGAAUAUUUUGAUUUGUCAGUACAACUACCAUUUACAGAUUUUCUACCCAAUACAAUAGCUAUACCACUUGUGAUAAAGGGAGAAACAGUGUUUUGUCGAGUAUAUUUACCAGAGAGUAAUACUAGUAGACAUAUUAUACUGGCGUUAUCAGACAAUAUGAAGAUAGUAAAUAGAGAUGGUAUAGAAGUUGAUGGUCCGUUUGGUUAUAACAAAGUAAAUCAGUGGAGAAAGGUUACUCAAAUAAGUGCUGGCUGGGUGGAUUGUUGGUGGACAUCAAAUGUUUCUUUAAGUAUCAGCUAUACUUAUCAUCCCAUGCCAAUCGUAGAAUCAUCGCUUAAAAUGUGGACUGAUCUGGAGGAUCUUACGACACCAGAGAAAGAAGAAACAAUAUUACAGCCACUACGUCCAGGAAAAUCAGAUUCCACAGAAUCUAACAAGGUGGCACCAGAGAAUUUUGAUGCCUCUACAUGGGAACCAGAUAUAGUGAAUGUAGAAUUAGAAGUAGCACCAUCUGUAUUAUAUUUAUAUGGUUCCCUGUUAGUCAAUUUACUUCAUCUAAAGGAGAAUUAUGUAGGAGAAGAUCAGAAGAUAUAUGAUUUUUCUGACAGUCCAACAGAUACUGGUGAAGCUGAUACAGGUCAUGUACAUGAUACUGGUAUAGAAGAUGAUUCAUUAGAUAAAUUUGAUCCGAGAGCCUAUCGACCAUUUGCUGUUACCGUGUCUGUUACACUACAUGAUAUACAGGCUCAAUUAGUCAAGAAUUGUAAUGUAGAUGAUGUACCAUGUCCUAGUCUUCAUGUAGAAAGAUUGUGUUUUGAGAUGGAUAAAUCAUACCGAGAAACAAAGCUACAACUACUUCUCUCACCCUGUGUAUUAAUAGCAAGAGAUAAUGUAGUUCGUGACCUGGAUCAAGACCACCUCAAGGAAGGUUAUUUAGCCCUGUCAGGUUUACAGGUCAGAGGUCAUGCAAUGUUUUCACAUGAAGGUUUACAUCUCGACACUGAAACGUUAGAGUAUGCCUGGUUGGUAGAGGUUAUUAUUGGUGAAGUUACUGGAAAACUCACUUCACCCGAGAUUCAAAAUAUUGCUGAGUUUCUACAGACAUUUGUAAUGUUGGUUGAAGAUCCUGAAAAUCAUCUUCAGAAUCCAGUUCCUUUUAAAUUAUGUCAACACAUGUUACCUCAGACACAGUGUAGAAUGUUACCUAAAUGUCCAUUCCCAUGUCCAUCUGCUGAUGAUAUUAAAUAUAGAAUGGUGCGAGUAUCUAUAGAUAGUGUUAAUAUUUAUAUGGUAGAAUCUGGAGCAGCUUUUAACUUAAAGUUGAAUCCAGUCCGAUUGUCUACAUGUAAUCUUCAUGGUAAUGAAACCAGAUCUGGAAUAACAGCAAUUGUAGAACAUGCUUCUUUUAGACAGUUAAUAUCGUGUGUCCCUCUUCGUGUUGAACAUGGAAGUCCUGAAGUGUGGCUCGAAGCUGGUAGCUUUUCCUUCGGUCCUAUUAAUGUGGAAGCAGCCAUGGCUAUUCCUAGUCCUGAGAUUCAGCUAGUGCAAGACACUUUCCUAAAAACCCAUGACAGAAAAACAAAACGGUUAUGGUUUAUGUGGCCACUGGAAGCCAUGGGUCCAGGGAAUCAUCCUCACACACUAGGAAAGUGUGGUUGUCAAGGAGGUUGUAGAUUCUUUGGUAACAACAAAAAUGGAGUUGCUUUCUUUAGAAGCAGACGACACAGAGAAACGUCACAUGCUGCUAUUCCUCAAGUCUGUGGUGAUGGACAUGAUCCUGGUUUUGCACAGAGUCUCCUCCACAAAGAUAAGUUAGUUUUUGAUGUGAGCCAAAAUAUUCAUCGAGAAUCACCAACUAAAACGUCACCUACAGAAUUUUCAUUUACAAGAGGCUAUAUGAGUGACAUCGCCAGUCCAGACACUCCAGGAGAUCCCAUUUCUAAAAUCUUUGACUCAAGCAUUAUUGGUAGCAUCAGUGAACAUGAUAGUACAUCUAAAAGACAUAGCGGAGAAGUCAGUUUCUCUAGUGAUUCGAAAACACAAUUGUACGAUCCUAAUGAAAAGCUGGAACCAGCGUGCAAAAUUACACCAGAUGUUUCAUCAGAAUCAGGCGUGACUGGUAAACACAGUCCCGAUUCAAAGGCACUAGGUAAAACAUCUCUUUCAUAUAGUAAUCCAUCUUCACCUAUUGUUAGUGGGAGACUUGGUAGUCGGACAUCAUUCAGCAGUGUCAAUAAAUCAUCCUCAAAGACAUCCCUUCCUAGUCCUAUAUCAGUUCACUCUACUGAUGGUAUUACAAGAAUGACCUCCACUGUAUCACUAGAGAGUCAGCAGUAUUAUUCGGCUGAGGAAGAUCUCACAAGUUCUGAGCAAGAUUCAGUUGUACAUUUUUCAGUUUUUGAUGACGAUCAUAGUUUAGAUUCGGCAAAUAGUUUCAUACAGAGUUCUCCUUCAUCAGAUAAAGGUGAAAAUAAUAAUAGCAUGGCUACAACCGUAUUGGAACAAACUGUCCGCAUGAAUAAGUCAGACACUACAUUAGAAUCUUCCAGUUCUUCCACACUGUCCUAUGAGUCAGCAGGAAGUGUCAAUUCUGCAGAAGGACAGGAAGAAUUUUCAUUGGUUGAUCUUCAUAAUCAGAUGAACCAACCAAUUACCAGCUCUGCUUUGCUGCUCUCCUGCUACUCUAAUCACUUGUCACAUUAUCACUGCAAUGACUGGGUUACUGCUCCGCCAUCUGCUAAUCUGUCAAGUUCCAGUAGUCGGGGAAUGAAAUCAGUUUAUUCAGAGUACUCUUUGUCAUCUGCUAGUCAUUCUGUCUAUGGAUCUGGAUCAACAUGGCUGCCUCAUUUUACUAAAGUUAAAGAUGGUUUCAGUACAUCUGUAAUGAGGGAGAAGGAGGAACUCAAACUACCAUCUCCACCUCCACCGGAGAAGGGAAAAAAUCAAUUCUUUUUCCCUUCUAGCUAUAUACCAAAUCAAGAAGAUGCAGAUGAAGAAUUAAAUAAUGAUGAGAUAUGUCCAAAUACAUCGAAAACAACAGCUGUCAUAAAAGUUACAGGAGCCUUAGAUGUUUUACUCACACCAUUGCUUCUUGAAUCCAUGCAAAGGUAUAUAGAAACAGUAACACCAACUUUAUCCAAGUUACAUAUAUCGUCUUUAUUAGAUCGAAUCCACUCACAGUGUAUAGAUAGAUUAAAACAACAGAACAAAUUAAAGAAAGAAUCAACUAAAGAAGAAGAAAAUGUAAUCUAUAAUAUCAAUGAUACCGAAGAUAAACAAGAUAAUAAGGAAGUGGCAAAGACUACCUCUUUCAGAGCUUUUUUCUCUCUCCCAAAGAUCAAUAUUUGUGUACUACAAGCUUCUAUCGUUGAGGAGGUUAUAUCAUUCUCCAUGUUAGAAAAUAUAAGUGAUGUGACAGCUGUAUCUCUGCUUGCUGUCUGUGUAGAUAACAUUAAGUGUCAACUCCUCACCAAUACUCAUUCCUGUAAAAUACUACCAGACACUAACACUGGAGAUGUUGGUGGCAGACGGGCAAGUGCUCCACCAAUAAUGAUUCCAGCAUCCGGUCAUGGGACAAACAAGAUCAAAUCAGAAGUGAAUGUCAAUGAAUCUGAUAAAGAACAAACUGGUCCUUCUGAAGCUACUCGUGAAGAAAAUGUGGGCAUCCUUCAAAUUUCUAGAAUCCAUACUCAACUGAGACGCUUGGUGAAAGAAAGUAAUUUCUCAGAUAACAUCAUUUUGACGGCGAUUCCUGAUUACCGAUCUAAUGUAUUGUUUUCUUUUAAUCCGGAAGUGAUUGUCACUAGUCCCAUGGGUAUGCCUGGAUCACCCCGACGCAGAUUGUCUCGACAAGCUAGUAGAGAAUCCAAUGAUCCUGAUUUCAUAAUAGGAUUUAUAAUGUUUGAAUGUGGUCUGGAAGAUGUUUCUGUGACGGCUGUCAGGAGACUGGGAUACAAAGCAGACUCUGACCUCCAGCUUCAACAGAAAAUGGAUAAUAUUGAGCAGACACUUCAAAAUCUGCAGGAAACUACUAAAGAACAAAUAGAACAACAGACAGAUCCAAGUACAUCACCAACAGAUGAUCCACUGCCUCAUAGUUCUCCAUCUGCCCAUCAUAGUUCCUUAUCAAUGUCUUCCUCAUGGAAUUCAAGAGUAUCUUUUAAGUCUGAUGAAUCAGAUGUUAUUCCAUUAGAAAUUAAUAUUGAACCCUUAAAAGGUGAUGCCUCAAAUGGUAGGUUAGAUCUCAAAACAAUAUGGCUGAACUUUGCUGCUCCACCUCCUAUAUCCAUAAAGAAAAAGGUAGAUUUCACAAGGAUGGAUUGGAAUUUAUUGAGUACAGCUACUCCAUCUAUAAAUGCCUGGAUGAAUCCUAGUGAUCGUGCUAUGGUAGCUGUAAGGAAUCUAGUUCGAGUAUUGACACACAGAACGAGUUCUGUAAUAGCCUGUAUUAUGACGGAAGCAUUGGAAGUUCAGGGAAUUCAUGUUUGUAAUAAGACCAAAUUUGGCAAAGCCACAAACUUGUCCAAGACCUUGCAAGAGGAACCAUCUUGUCAGCUACUCACAGUACUCAGAAAAUAUCUUCGUAAAUAUGGUACCUCAUCUGUGGAACAGUCAGUCAGUUCUGAAACCAUUCCAAACUUAAUUACAAUGCAGAAAGGAAUCCUAGCUUUAACCAGACAAUGGAAAAAUGUUUUGUACAUGCCAUAUUUAUCAGAACUGAAUUUUAAAAACAAGAAAAAUGUUCGUCCCUACAAUGUAACUUUUGCUUUGCCAGGAGAUGAAGAAAGUACUGAUAUUUAUAUUGAUGAUGGUGAUGGUGUAAUUGAUCAGUUUGACGUUGUUGAUGAAAAAACUUCACUUCUACAAGCUGAGGGAGGAUCUGUUCAUAAAUUUGGUUCUAAUCCUAGCCUUGCUAACAAAGCAUUUUCUCAACCAGAUGCCUCUCAUGAUGGAAUCAGCUCAGUUUCUACAGCUUCCAUCCGACAUAAAAAGAUAGCAUCUAUAUUAACAAAGAAAGGAUCAAAAGGAGGUCUGCCUCACAUCCUAAGCUGUGUUGACUCUCCCGAAAGGAAACCACAUGUAUCUGCUCCUCUUCCCACCCUACUAAUGACUCGUAAUGAAAGUACCCAGAGUUUUGCAUCAGUACCUGAAAGUUUAUGUAGCUCAGAACCUGGAAUAGCGCCAACCCCACCCCCAACACCAAUGAGACAAAUGGGUCCUAAGCAGUCCAUUUUGAAAAAUCGAUAUGAUAAAAGCGAGGAUCUGUAUCAGUGGAUGGCUAAACAGCAAGAAGAUUUAAAGAUGCCACUUGAUGAAGAUUCUAAUUAUGGCAAAGCUCAUGAAGGUUGGUUGCUGGGCAGUUCCUGGAGUCAGGAUGAAAGUCGCACAGAUAUCAAUGAAGAUAAUGUCACCAUGGCAACUUCUAUCAUGCAGUUGGCAGAUGCUCAGAUGCUAUUCAAACCAUUGCUUCAAAGUCUUGGUUUACAUGUUGAAGGAGUUAGACCAUCUGCUAUGAUGAAAAAGUUUGGUGGUCAUCUUUUAUUGCAAGGACAUCUGGAAAUUCUAAAAGUACAGAUAGCAGAAUCAGAAGAUUCUAAAUCAAGAGGAAAGAGUAAAAGCAAAGGAAAGGGAAAAAGAUUCAGAUUGAAUAUUAAUGCUUCCACACCAGCUUUUCAAUGUGAAGGAUUUGGCAUCAAUAUCUGCAUGAAGGAUGUUAUAGAUUUUGGAGCAAAAGAAUCAUUUAUGCCAGAAAAAGGAAAAUCAAAUCCAUGGAAAUUUGCCAUGCACAAGUUAGAAGCUAAACCAACAACACUGCAAGUUAAUUUUCUAAUCAAUUGUCAGCGUAUAACACAACAUGUUGAUAUGUCAUUGUUGAGGCUGGUUCAUCAGUUUGUCACAAUGGUGGACAACAUCAAGGACACUCAAGUAGAACUGAAGAAAAGACGACCAAGUCUGCUAGGAGAAUGGACAAAGACUCACAGAAAACAAGAGUCUAAGGAUUCAACUUCUAGUGCUGAUACUCAACAAUCAGAUCUUUCUAAACAAGAACAUCAAGCAGAAGUGACUCUUUCAACUCCAACUCAUAGCACAAGAUCUGAAACACCUUCUGAUGCUGGAGACAAAACUUUAACCCGUUCCAAAAACACUCCAUCUUUCAAAUUACCAAUGGAAAACAUCAGACCAGAAAGGUUGUCUUUCUCCUCUAUAAAGAAACCACAUCUCAGAUUUGCAAGAGAUAAAAGUAAGAAAGACUCGACUCCUGGACAACAAUCUGAGAUUCUUACCCCUCCCCAAUCUUUGAAUCUAAGUGACACAGUAACUAUUGACAUGGUGGAUACCUCGUCUCCUGCCCUAGCAGAGAAAACUAUUGUGGAUGAAAUUAAAGAAAGUACACCAAGAUGUUGGAGACAUCUGUAUCAUCUACUGGAACUUUAUUCUACAAUGCCUGAAACUAAAACAGUUCUCAGAAAACCAGGAAUUCAGAAAUUAUUACCAGUUAUUGAAGAAGAACCCGAAAAAGAUGGAGCAUCAAAAAGAGAAACCACACCAUGUGAAGAUGUGACUGAGGAUGGUGAAGCUAAAGCUCGUGUUGAUGUGGUGGCUGAUGAAGAAAGUCGUCUUGGUGAUCAUCCGCCAUUAGCACAAACAUCUUUCAUUAGAACUAGAUUUAAACAAAGUAUCUAUAUUGGAGAAAGUAUACCAUUAGUUGUGUAUGGUAUAGCUAAAGUAGAAAGAGUACAGAUGUUAGCUGUAUUAAGUGGAUUAAAAUUAGAAGCAGAGUUAAGAAAAGUUCAUGCUAGCGGUACUUAUAAAGAAAAGGUCAAAGGUUUUGUUCAUAGGAAGUCAGCUGAAUCAUCCUUUACAGCACAUGUCGGUCACACAAUGAUAGUGUUAUUAGAAGGUGUACCACCAAACAUGCAAACUGUUGUAACAGUGAAUAUAGGCAAAUCUCAAGCUCUUCAUACAACAGUAAUGAGACGAAGUAAAGAACAUAAUUCAGCUCUAGCAUCUGUCGGUGUUAUAGAUGUUGAUAUACCACAACAUCCUGUUGUUUUACAUGGGAUGAUGACUCGCAGUUCCAAAAAACUCACUUCAACUUUACAAGAGUUCCGUCGACCUCUGUCUCGUAUUGGAAAAGUUCAAGAUAUUAUGGAACAGAUAAGUGGUGAAGCCAUACGAAAUGAAAAGAAAUUAGAUGAAAAGUUAAAUAGAUCUAAAAGGCUAGAGAAAGAUAAACCAGUAGCACUACACAUCCAUUUUAAAGCUGUACUACAAGGUUUUACUAUUGGCGCUUCUAUAUUACCAUCACUUAAAGCUCAACAUAAGACAGGAUGUAUAACAGUUGCUGGCAUGACAGGGAAGAAAGCUAGAUUUACAGUUGUAUUACCAAAACAUACUCUCAGUUUUAAAUCAAAGGUAACAACUACCGAGACAUCUAUACCAUCAUCUGCUAGUAUAGAGAUGCCACCUAUACAUAUUUAUGCUGAUUAUCGUACAUAUAGAAGUGGAGGACCAGUAUCAGAUACACUAACUGAGGGUUUAGUUUUGAAAGAAGGAAGUUAUUUAAAUGCUGUAGCUGAAGUUGGAAUGUUGGAACAUAGUUUAACAACUGAUCUAUUAAAUCAUCUCGUAUUUGUACAAAAAGUCUUUAUGAAGGAAGUAAACGAAGUUGUACAGAAAGUAUCAGGAUCAGAUCAACCAGUUCAUCUGUGGGCAGACGACCAAUCAACAAGAGCACCACCUACACCAAGAAAACCAUUACUAUAUUCAUUCUCUGUUAGAUUUAAGGGUAUACAAGUAACAGCUACAACACCAACAUCUAAUGCUGUAAGAUUAGAAACAGGUGAAAUAGAAUUAGAAAUGUCUAAUAGAGUACAGAUGGCUUCUAGAGAACUUAAUCCUGAUAUAGAAUAUGAAGAUAAUCAGAAAGUAUUCAUUAGAGCACAGAUUGACUUGAAUGUUUCUUUAGGACAGCUAUUAAAGAAUCCUGUAUUUGAAGAAGCAGAACCAGAAUUUCAAACUAUGGCAUUUUUCAAGACAAAGAUAGGAGUUAGGAAUGCCAUUCAGGAUGAAAUGAUACCAGGUGUCGCCACUGAACAAGAAGCUUUAUUAAUAACAGUAUCAAGACCUAUUGUUUUAGCUCAACCUCUAGCUUUUGACAAAGCUGUGUUGGUAUGGUUGAACUAUAAAAAUGCUUAUGAAUAUUGGACAGAACAGAGAAUGGCUCUAAAUAAUGAGGUACAAACAGCAACCCGUCAAGUUUUUGAUAGGUUACCCCAGUUUGCACCAGCAGCUGGUCCUACUCUUAGUACAUUAUUUCUACAGUUAACAGUUGAUGAUAUGGGUAUAUGUGUUCCUCUAGAAUCUACAUUAUACCAGAAGUCAUCUAAAUUAGCAGAGUCUGAGCCAGGAGCUGCCUUGGUUCUAACUGUUGAAUCCACCCAGAUAUCAGCUUGUUCCUCCGGUUCACUUGUCAGUAAAGGCAGAUUUAAAAGUUUCUGUUUGAGAUUUGCUGAUGAUUUUGAGACAUCAUUGGAUGAUUGGAAACCUAAUACUAAAGAAGAACCUAUCAUGAAUGUAAUGGUUGUUAAAGCUGGAACAUAUGAAGUAUGUUCUAGAACAGAUAAUAAACAAGCUUCUGAUCCCAAAAGUAACGCCAAAUGGAUUUUAAAUGUUCAGUGGGAGAUGCAAGGGUUAGACGUUCAUUUUGACACAGAUAUUGGUAAAAGAUUAUCGGCACUUGGUCAUACGCUUACAGCCCUAGCAGGGGAGACAACUGAAGAAGAUGAAUAUAAUGUAAUAGAUGAUGAUGACCAGGUUGAUGAGACUGAUAAUGAAGCCACCGAUACUGAAACAACAUUAACCUCUAGAAGAACUAGUUUAGUAUCUGACAUAUUACCUGAUAUAGUCUUCACAACAGACAUGGACCCUAAAGAAAGGGUUAGACAGAUUGAAAGAGAAAUGAAUGAACAAGCUAAAAUUGUACAAGAUUUACGGGAUCUUGGAGCUAGUCAGAGUACCAUAGAAGCUGAAAGAAAAAAAUUAGAAGAAUUGCAGGCUCUUGUAUUUAGAGAUUUUAGACGAGAUGUUUUUAACAAGAUCAAAAAACAAAGUGAAAGGGCUUCAGCUAUUAAAGAUAAACUUGGUAUUGGUAUGCGACCAGCUCAUGUCAGGUCAAGGUCAUAUGGUGGACAUCAUGGAAGACGACAUGAUAGUGAUAGUGGUAGUGGUAGAGUUUUAUCUAAGACAUUAGAUAAUCGUCACAAUAGAAUACGACCCAUAUCAGCUGAUGAUCCCUUUUAUAAUAAAUCACAUGUACAGUUUGGUUCAACUUAUCCUCCACCAAGUUCAGCUGAAGCUCGAUCUAUGAGUUUAGAUGUAGAUAUGUUUGAUGAAAGUAAUGAGGAACAGUUAACACAGACUCUGUCUUUACAAGAUAUUAAGGGAUCGGACACAGAUGUAUCUCUUACAUCUUCCAAUACUGAUUCAGAAGAAAGUUUAAGCAGACAUAACACUAGAAACAAUUAUAGAAGUACAAAUCGAGCAAGAAGUACAACACUAGAGAGUAGUCAUUCUAUACCUGGUAAAACAACCAGUGAACCUAGUAUUGAUUUUGAACUGGAUAUUAAAGUAUUUAUAGACAGUGGGAAAUGUGUUCUUUAUCCAAAAGAAGCUAAAGAAGAAGAAGUUAAAAAGCAAUUAAAGAGAGAAAAGAGUGGAGGAAUAGGUGAAGCAAACCUAACUAAAAUAAAACGACAUGAUUCUUCACCAUCGUUAUCCUCAGGUAAAAAGACACAACAACAAAUCUCAACAACGCAAGGGGAGACCACUGUCUUCUUUCUACCAAGUGUGGAUGUAAAGGUUCACUAUAAUUCAAAGACAACAUCAGACUUGGUAUGGGGAGCUGGUGGUGGCAGUUCAUUUGACAUCAGUCGUGGUUAUUCUACAGAAACACCUACUCCAUCAUGUGAAACUCCAUUAAAGACACCACAAUGGAAUUAUUAUGAUGCUAGUACCCCAACAACCCAAGAUAUACCAACUAUAGUAGAACCAACAGAUAAUACUAAUCCUCAACCAGGAUCGAAACGGGGAACCAUGAAACGAGCAAAUUUAUACGCUUGGCUUUCUUUAAAUACUCUACCUGAGGAGAUGAUUAUAAGUCCAUGUUUAUUAGAUUUCCUUGAACAAGCUUUAGAACCAUUACCUAUAUCUCAACCUACGGCACAUAAAAAAGUUGAUGUGAUGGGAAGUGUUUUAAACAUGGAGUUAGAUGCCUCACAUGGUUCGUUAACCUCACCAGUAGGAUUAGCUUCAUUUCCUGUUGAUGUUGUUGUAUUUAUUAGAGUUGAACGAUCUAUGAUACGUUUUAACUGUAUACCUAUAUCUCGUGUUGAGUGUGUACUCAACGUACCCUCACUUGAGUUAGUUUUUUCUACCAAGAAAGCAGACGUUGAAGUGCCAUUUAGUGAAGGUACUCCACCCAGUAGAGCAAAAGUGCCGAAAAGAGGUGGUGAUAAGACUACAGGUGGUGCCACAGCAACAGGAUCAAGAGGUCGUUUGGGAAGUACACUGUCUGAUAAUUCUCUUGGUACCCACUCUGGAGGUCUCAGUGUUACAGGAACUCUGUCGAACUUUUCACUAUAUAUAUUUCAUCCUUAUGGUGGUGGACAACGACGCAUGGGACAGACAGCAUCACCCAGCUAUUCCAAGAGAGGCUUAGGCAGUAUACAAGAAACUAGUAGUAGUAGUAGUGGUUUAAUAGAAUUACAGAGAAAAGAUUCACUUAGUUUAAAUGUGGAAUUUAUUAAAGUCAAUAUCUCUCGUAGUCGUAAAAUGGACUUCCGUUCAGGAGAUAAUAUUACUGUUACUAAACUUGAUCCACAGCAGAAGUGUAAUAUGGUUCGAUUUUCAGCUGUAUGUGAUAUUGGAGCGGCCAGUUUUAAGUAUGAUAUGAGACGCUUGUCUGAGAUUCUUUCACUGCCUAAAGCCUGGUAUCGUAGAAACUUGGCCAGAAGGUUAUUCUUAGGGGAUGACAGUUUUGGUCAAGUUCCUGGAGAUGGAACAUCCAUCCAUCAUCAACGUUCUCCAACAGAAGCUUCAACAGAAACUUAUCAAUCGCCAAAUACUGGACGUUCUUCACUUAGAAAUAGAACCAAACAAUAUUUUACACCAGAGUUACCACGACAACGGCAUACAUCUGCUCAAACUAGUGUAACAAGUUCUUGGGAAACACUUGUAUUGUUUGCUGUAAAUUUAUCCCGACUAGAAUUAGAUGUUAAUAUGAGUAAUGUUAUGGGUAAUACUAUGUGGACAACUAAAGAAGUCAAAAGUCAGGGUAGAUUAUCUAUAGAUAGUAGUGGACAUAAGAAUUUAAAGAUAACAGCUGGAUUGGGAGGUUCAUCAUUUGAAUCUAGAGGUGGUGUUAUAGGUGGUGCUAUAGAUCUACAAGGUGUACAUGGUUUAUUUCAAGUAAAAGAAGAUCCAGAUUUAGGCCAUGAUCCAGAUCAUCGUGCUGGUUUAACUUUAGAGGCGUUAGAGGGUCGUGUAGAUUAUAUGGGCAGUAGUGUAUUAAUGACCAGAUUAAAUAAUUUAGAUUUAUUAUUACGUGAUGAUUGGCAUGUAGAAAGAGAAACUGGUUUAGAUACACCUGUAGCAACUAAAAGAUCAGCAUAUUUGUUUGUAAAUGGAGAUUUAUCUUGGGAUCAGUUUCAUAUCAUGAUAUCACGAUCUACAACACCGGAUUUAAUUAAACUCGUAUCUAAACUUGAGGAAUUCUUUACUCAACAAUUAACCAGCAGUAAACGAGUUUUAUCAGCGUUCGGUCCUCUUAGUAGUAAACCUAAUACACAAAGACACAGUAAACUAGCUGAUGAUCUAUUAGCUGAACUACGACAUCACAGACAUUGGCAGGGAGCUUUAGAACAUCUGGUAGGUUGUCGUUUCUCCAUGUUAUCACAGAUAUUACCAGAAGAGGGUAUGGUUCUAGGUGGUUCUGUUACACUUAAAGGUGAACAUCUGUGUCUGGCAUCAUUCCAUGGCAUUAACUUCCGCUCUAAAUCCUGGGCUUUAUUUAGCAUUAGACAACCGUAUAUUUCUUUCUCUACAGAAGCACAGAAAACAGAGAAUGAUAAUACCCAUAUUGUACAAGAUUUGAGUUUUAUUGUUGGUGGAGCUAAAGCUCCUGAUAGUAAUGGUCAACAUAUGGUAACAAUAUGUAAAUUAUCUAGAGGUCAUUAUGUACCACAACAAUUUACCAGUGUACAAGAAUGGUUUACCUACGCAUUCGCUACUAAUGAAAUCAAAGAAUUGGACACAUUCCCAGUCAUUAUAAAAGAUCGAUGUAGACCAGAAAGUCCACCAGAACAUCGAAAAACAAGAAAAUCACAAGUUUACAAUCAUGAAACCGAGAUUAUAUUUGGUAUGCCUUCAAUGACAUUAAACCUGAAAACAUCACAUUUACAGGGUAAAAAUGUACCAGUUACUGAAGAUGCACCACCUGUAGUAGAGUGUACAUUUGUUACGGAAUUCUAUGAUCAUAUAAAUGUGGCCAUGGAUGCUGAAGUCAUACUUUUUCUACAUGAUUUAGUUUUAUCUUAUAUUAAAGAAAAAGAUAAAGGAGCCCGCAUGUCAUAUGGUCAUAGUUCUCGUUCACCUAAAUCACCAGAUUUGGAGAAAAAGAAAAACCCUGAUCCAACAGCUGCGUUAAAACAAGACUGGCGUGAUUUUAGAUGUAAAGCAUGGCAAUUAGAACCUACUGUUAGAUUAUUACAUUGGGCAUCACGACAGAUAGAUCCAGUAGGUGUGGAUUAUGUCUUACAGAAAUUAGGUUUUACACAUGCUAGAGUUACUAUACCUAAAUGGGUACAGAGAGGUUUUAUGGAUCCAGUAGAUAAAGUAUUAUCUGUUUUAGUUGAUAAACUUAUAGUAUCAUUACAAGAUCCACCUGAUGCUGAUGAGGUGGACUAACUUCUAUGUACUGUACCAUAUUUCUGAUCAGUUGAAUUGCUGUUAGCAGUAGACUAAACAGACUUUCUAUAGGAACCAUGUUUAUGUUGUUAAGACUUGAUAUUUGAUGCUUUGAUUUUCAUUAUUUUUGAAUACUGCAGCAAAUCUUUAAUAGCUUGGAUCCCUGUUUGACUGAUUUGUAAAAUAUACAAACAGCCCCUGUAGACAUGUAAAUGAGUCAAUUAUUUUGAUUUGUCAACAAGUAUUAGUAAUAAUAAUUAUAUAUGUAUGGAAUUUGUGUUAAAUUUUGAAAGAAUAUGAUAAACACAGAAGUGGUUGUGUGGGGGAGUUGAUUGGAAUACAAAGUGAUAUUACUCAAUGUUUGUCUGUUUCUGUUCUUGUAUUUAGAAAUGUUCAUUCGAAUUAAUGAAAUAUAAUUGAGGCUUUUUGUGUUAGCUUAAAGCAGUAAAACGUCUUUCAUUCAGUGUUGUGCAAUAUUCUUUAUUUUUUCCAUUUUUUCAUUGUAUUAAUUUUUAAUUUUAUGUUAGUGCUUAUGUCUUUUUUUUUUAUUCUCAUGACAAAUCAUUUGUUUACUUUGUCUCUAAAACAGGUGAGACUAAAAUUACUUUAUGACGUCAUGUGGUCAAACAUUUUUACUUUUACAUUUUAAACAAGAAAUAUUGACCCAGAUAAUUUUUGUUCAAGUGCUAUCGACCAGAUAAUGGUACAGCCAAAUUAAAUCAUGUUUUCCAAUUUAAGCUGUUAAACAGUAUUAAAGGCCCAUGUUUGGUAAAAAUAACAAUACUGUAAAAUUUAGAUAUUGCUUAUUUUCAUCAAGAUUUGAAUUGUUAAUUUUCAAAAAGAUUAACAUGAUUCCUGGGAAGAAAAUCAGAUCUGACAAGUUGAGACAACUGUGUGUAAUUAUGCAAGAUUUAGAUAAAGAGCUAGCCAUUCUUGCUAUAAUAGUUUGAAAAUAGAUAUUAGCCUUUGAAGGUUUGACAAGACAUGUGCAAUAAUUUUAACCUCCGUACUGUUUGUUCGAAGCUAAAUCUCGCUCCUCCAUUUUUAGCUUAAAUCAAAAUAUGGCUGAACUGUUCUAAUCUAUUUAAUAACGGAGAAAUCUGAUGCCAUCGAGAGUUGAUUAUAGCCUCUAUAAGUUCAUUAAUGUCUAAUUAAUAAUUUAGAAAACAUUACAGGCCUAAAGAAAGACCUGCCAUAGGCAAAUUUAGCUCUUGCAUAAUGUAUCUUUUCUUGUCAUCCAUUUCAUGUACUUUUUUUUUUUCGUUUUUUAUGAGUGUUUGUUUGGGAUUUUCUAAUUCAAAAGAAAUAAUAAUAAGAAGAAACAUUAAUUAGAUAUAUCAUGAGACUUGUUUUUGAUUGUAUCUAUCUAAAAAGAACUUACUUUCUUUGUAAUAUGAUGUAAAUCAAUUGUAUUCAUUUCUAUUUACAUAACUGAGUAUUUAAUUCACUAGAAUAUAAUAAUUCUUUAUUUUCCUAAUUUACAUUUAAAGCUGUUGUGUAUUUAAAGUUUAUUUUCUGUCAUUUAGCUAAUAUGAAUAAAGUAUGUAAACAUC